GUCUGGAGGGUUUCACAGCAAAGUGUGGCAUUCAUGACCCAGCGUUCAUGCAGUACAGACUGUCCACAGCUUACUUGCCAGCCUCUGCUGCUCUGGACAGAUCCCAAACGCAUAGAGAGAGAGAGAGAGAGAACGUGAGUGAGAGAGACAGAGAGCGAGAGAGAGAGAGGAGAGCAGAUGUGGUUAGUGUGACAGAGGAGGGAACAGUUAGGUGAACUCUAGAGGGGAAUCCUGAGAGCAGAAAGAAAGGCGAGUGAGGACACAGAACUUUCCACAGCUUUUAUCCUUUCACAUUCCAUUGAUUUUACUAGAUCCUUAAGCUUUUAAACAUGGAAGUGAUUCAAGACAGCCAUCUGCACCUGGAGGUGCCUGAGCUGCACAAAUCCCUUACUGAGAUCUCAGAAGAUGAAGUGAACCUCCAAGCCUCUGAUGAUGAAGAUGAAGCCAACACUGAGAACAAAACAAAAGAUGCCGAUGAGAAAGAAGAGGCAGCUGAGGAAGAGAAAGGUGAGAUGAACGGAGUCAUGGUCCUGGCGCUGCUGGACAAAAUCAUCGGAGCCGUGGACCAGAUCCAGCAGACGCAGGCCGGGCUGGAAGCCCGUCAAAAGGAGAUGGAGAGAUCAGUGACGGGCAUCCAGGGGGAACUCACCAAACUGUCCAAGAACCACACCACCACGGCAAACACGGUCAAUAAGAUGCUGGAGAAGGUGCGUAAGGUGAGCGUCAACGUCAAGUCAGUGCGGGGGAACAUGGAGAAGCAGGCCGGGCAGAUCAAACGUCUGGAGAGCAACGAGAACGAACUUCUGAAGAGAAGAAACUUCAAAGUCAUGAUCUACCAGGACGAGGUGAAAAUACCUUCAAAAGUCAAUGUGGCCAAGUCGAUGAGGUUUCCAGAGCCUGUGGAAGGAGAAGCUGAAGGUGAACUCAAAGCAGUCGCAGAGGAAGGUGGCGAGGACAGAGAGAAAGUCAAUCUGGACCUGUCCUCUGAUGAAGAGGAGGUGGAGAUCGAGGAGACCAUUGAGGAGUCUCGAGCAGAGCGCAUCAAACGGAGCAGCCUGCAACGCGUCCAGACCAUCAAGACCGCUUUCUCCAAGGGAAGUAUGGAAAAAACCAAGCAAAAGACCAAGGAUAACUUGGAGAAGACCAAACAGAAGACCAAAGCGAACCUGGAGAAAACUCGCAUUAAGACCAAAGAGAACUUUGAAAAAUCCAGGCAGAAGACCAAGGAGAACCUGGAGAAGACCAAACAGAAGACCAGAGAGAAUCUGGAGAAAACACGUCACAACAUAGAGAAAAAGAUGGGCAAACUCACCAGUCGCAUGUCUGUGAACCCCGAGCGCAAGGAGAAGAUGAUGACCUCGCAGAAGAAGGUGGUGAAGUCUUUCACUCCGGACCACAUCAUCUACGCCCGCUCCAAAACGGCCGUCUACAAGGUUCCACCGUUCACCUUCCACGUGAAGAAGAUCCGUGAGGGAGAAUUGGAGAUCCAGGGAACCGAGAUGGUGGAAGUCGGCGGGGACACAGAGGAGGUGGAGAACGCAGUGAUGGAGGGAGGAGAAGAUGACGAGAUGGAGAUGGAGAUGGAAGGUGGAGACAUGGUUGAGGAAGAUGACGAGACAGAAGACAACCCUGAGAUAAGGGCGCUACUGGAGAGGGAAAACGAGCUGGUGUUGGUGGAAGACCAUGACAGAGACAGCGAUUAGUGUGUGUGUGUGUGUGGGAGGGGGGUGUAUGCAUGUAUAUGUGUGUGUUCGGCGCUUACACAUUAGAACAUUUGAUGGGUGGGAAUGCAUAAGAUAAUACAUUUUUAAUCAU